GUAAACACGAUCUGACGCCAGCGCUUUUCUUUCACUGGCUCCCUAUCACCGCUGACACUGACAGCUCGAAACCUCUUCGAGAGUCGACAUAGCCUAAGUUAGACACAAAACUUGUUUGGGGGGGAAAUCUGUACUUGUGUUUCGAAGCUGCAAAAGGAAGAGAUGCCUCCCACUCCAGAGAGACAAACACUGGACUGGAGGGCUGGACUUUCAGCUCUGCCAACGAGGGUAUGUCUACAUGGCUAAAAACCCAUACGGCAGCAAGUCUCAAAACCCAGGUCAACUGACACAGGUUUGUGGUAUGGCGCUAAAAACACUCCUGCUCGGGUCAGAGCUCAGGCUCUGAAACGUGGGGGAAAAGAUCUGCAAAAGACGCAAGGAAGGCACUUUUGUGAUCAAAGAGACUUCUAUAAGCAGCAUCUGCACCAGAUAUCGCGAGUGCUGCCCAUGGGGUGAAGUUAAACUGGUUCCAGUGUUUCUCCUCUGGUGAUGGAGAAGCAGCAUUUCUUAAAGUCUGUGUUUUUGGUCCCAAAAGAUAAAUUAAUUAUUCCCGUAAUAAAGCCCCUGAACUCAGCUUCUUACACUACAUGGCUCUCAUUUACCUACAACCACAAUAUCCUGCUUCAAAAGCAGAACACGUCAUCAGCUUACUGUUGGCCAUGGUUUUCCUGUUGCUUUAGCGAAAGAAGGCUUUUUAUACUAGCUCUGCUCAACACUGUGUGCCGUGCUGACAAGCCGUGAAGAUGAUUUCAUAUUGUCCCAUAUGUGGAAAGCCUGUUUACUUUGCUGAGAGGAAGCGUUCUCUAGGCAAAGACUAUCAUCCCCUUUGUCUGAAGUGUUACCAGUGCAAACGGCAGCUCAGCCCCGGCCAGCACGCAGAGUAUGAUGACAAACCCUACUGCAAUCACUGCUACCUGCAGCACUUUGGACCAAGAGGAACAAGACGGCCAACGUCUCGCUCAUCUCUUGGGGCAGCUUCCUCUUCCAAAGUUCCAGUGGGAAACCUGAACAGCUCCUAGAUGGCCCUGCUUUAAUAUUCAAAACUCGGAGACUCAUUACUGGACUGUGAUAAAGUAGCAAGAUGGCAUUGUAUUUUUACCCACAGACUAAGAAAAAUGCAGCUGAAGAAGAAUGUUGCUUCUGAGAAUGACUGUCAUAAGAGAGCAUGCUUCUAAUCUGAAAUCCCUCCUACUGCAGAUUAAAAUUGUGCUGUGAUAAAUGAAUUUUAAUGAGCUACAAUGAAUUUUAAUGGGAUAUAUUCUUGUUUGUGUGAAGGGGACAUAUUCAUAGCAUCGAUUUGAUUUUCUAACAGCUUAGAAAUUGUUGGUUUACUCAUCUGUUACCUGAAUUGACACUGAAAUCUGUAAAUAAUGAUCUCUUUACCAGUAUAAUCAGCUUCCAGGUGGAAACUUUCUCAGCAAUGAUCGAUAGGUGUCUCCAAUUAUUCCCUGGCUGAACAGCUCAGAUGUACAAAUAUCUUCACCUCAUCUUCUCCAGUAGGGUAAAAAGCUGGAAGCUUGGAACCCAUUACUAUCAAUAUUUCCCCAGCUUUCUUCGCUGAAUCUGUCUUUGCCUGGCAGUUGUUGGGAAUGUCAGCACAUGCCUUGGGUUACUCUAGCUAAGAAAUGGUCAUCUCUGUCAUGGUGCACUUUGUCUUAGUGUGUACGUGAGUUGGAGUGGAUGGAACAGUAGGCCAGGGGUAUCAUUUAAGUCCUAAAAAGACAUUUGUAUGUCUCUGCAUUUGCCUCUAGUGGUUACCCUAAAUUCCUAUUACAACCAGGGUCCUGACUCAGUCCCCUGAACUUUAAGCAUGUGAGUAGGACCAUUGAUGUCCAUGGUCAGAGUCUAGGCUCCUCUGGUAUUGGUAUUUUGUUUUCCCCAUCAAGUAUUGUUCUGAUACAUAAAAUUACAGGCUAUUUUUGAAUUAACAUUGCUAAUUCAUAUAACUGGAGUUUAGUGGGUCUUUGAACCCCCCCUCAUUUUCCCCACAUUCUUCCAUUGUACUGAAUAAUCAGACCUGAAGGAAUUUCACAUCACUAAACACCCACCCACACCCCACUCAAAGAAAUACCAAUUCAUCUGCAUUUUUAUACAAAAGCAGACUCAAAUUAAUUAAUGGAAAGAAACUCCAGCAGAAUGGAAGAUGUGAUGUUCUCGUAUUGAAAUGCCUGGCUUAUUAAAUCUCUACUCCUUGCAAAAUAGAUGAUGGAUUUUUAAUGUGUGCGCUGGAUUCCAAUGAGCCAAAGUGAGGUUGAAAACUCCCAAUUACUGUAUUUUUGCCAUAGAUGUCAUUGUGAGUAAGUGGUGGUAUCAUUUCAAUAUGUGAAAUAGACUUCUCCAUUUCUGUUUCAAUGUGCAUUCCAAAUUUUCAGAGUUUCUUUCACUAUUAUGAAUCAUUCUCACCUUUUUCAGUCUAAUAUUUUAUGCAACAAGUUCCAUAACUCUUCCUUCUGAAAAUCAUACAAUCCAGUUGGCGGUUGCCUGGUAUCCUUUUUGAACUUAGCUAUUGGUGCAUGCAAAUGGUAAACACCAAGAGGAUGAUGUUGUUAGCAACUCUGAUGCAGUUAACUCGAGUUACAGAAUUGGAUAACUUUUCCUUGUAGGUGGCUUCAGUCUACAUCACAUCACAGGAUAGGCCUGGGUUCUCAAACUUCAUUGCACCACGACUCCCUUCUGACAACAAAAAUUAUGACGGGACCCCAGGAUGGGGGAACCGAAGCCUGAGCUCACCCGAGCCCCGCCACCCAAGGUGGUGGUGAUGGGGGAAGGGCAGAGCCAAAACCCCAUUGCCCUAGGUUGUGGGGACCAAAAUCCAAAGGCUUCAACUCCAGGCAGCCCCUGUAACCUUAGUCCCACUGCCCAGGGCCCCAGAAAGUCUAAGCCAGCCCUGGCAACCCCAUUAAAAUGGGCUUGCGACUGACUUUGGGGUCCCGACCCACAACCGCUGGGAUAGGCCAUUGCUGAUUGGCUACAAACAGUGUAUACAUUUUGUGUGUUUUUCAAAAAAAAAAAUCAAGAAAAAACGUCUAAAAUAAGUCACUGGGAUGCCAAAGGCUCUGAGUGUGAUCACCUAUCACCAAAGGCUAAAUUGUACAGCUGAUCCAAAAGGCCAAUUAUUUUUCAUGGGAAAUGAAUUUA